AUGGCCCACUACAAAGGAGCUGCCAGUGAAGCUGGGCGUGCUGCCCAGCUGAUGAAGAAACGUGAAAUCCAACAGCAGGAAAUUGAAUUUCGCAAAAAGAAAAUCGAAGAGGAGCUGAAGCUGGACAAAAUUGAAAAUAAAUUCGCGACCCAUUAUGAUGCCGUGGAACAGCAGCUCAAAACCUCAACCAUUGGUUUGGUUACCUUGGAUGAGAUGAAAGCCAAGCAGGAGGACAUAGUAAGGGAACGGGAAAAGAAAUUGGCACAGAAAAUCGAUGAGAAGGAAAGGGAAAAGCAACGGGCCUUGGAGGCAAUACAGGCGGAGAAGAAUAAACAAAAGAAACAGAUCAAGACAUUGUCUUUCAGUUUCAAUGAUGAUGAGGAGGAGGAAGAAGAUGGGGAUGAUGACAAGGAUGAGGAAGACGAAGAGAAAUUGGAAAUCAAACCUGAGCAGCCAAAGACAGAAAAAAAGAAAUGGACCGAUUUGAAACCGGAAGAUUUAAAAGUUGUACCCAAAAAAAGAAUUUGCAAAAAUCCAGAUGUUGACACCAGUUUCCUGCCCGAUCGUGAUCGUGAGGAAGAAGAAAAUCGCCUGCGAGAACAAUUACGCCAAGAAUGGGUAAUGCAACAGGCUGCCCUGAAGGACCAGGAGAUAACCAUCACCUUCAGUUACUGGGAUGGUUCUGGCCAUCGUCGCAGUGUUGUCAUGAAAAAAGGCAAUUCCAUUUAUCAAUUCCUACAAAAAUGCCUCGAAGUUUUACGCAAAGAAUUCAAUGAAUUGAAAACCGUGAUGGCCGAUCAAUUGAUGUAUGUCAAGGAGGAUUUAAUAUUACCCCACCAUUAUACAUUUUAUGAUUUCAUUGUCACCAAGGCCAGAGGUAAAUCUGGGCCGCUAUUUCAAUUUGAUGUUCACGAUGAUGUCCGGCUGAUAAGUGAUGCCUCUGUCGAAAAGGAAGAAUCACAUGCCGGUAAGGUACUGCUGCGUCAAUGGUACGAAAGAAAUAAACACAUAUUCCCUGCUAGCCGCUGGGAACCAUAUGAUCCCACCAAAUCCUAUGAUAAGUAUACCAUUAAGGAUAAGAAGAAGUAGAC